ACAGUCGGUUCCUCUUUCAAGCACACAGCACCACACUUUCUAUCCCUCGCACACACGCAUGCCAGCAGCACACUCACACACACCCACAUGCAACCCAAGAACCCGAGCUGCAUCAGCCCGAGCUGCCCGCCGCUGCCGGUGGCAUCCCUCACCGCUUCUCCGCACCGCGAAGACGUGAGAGGAGUUCCUGCUGCACUCGGAGGCGACAGAGGAGAUCGGUGGAUUUCUGUUUGAGACGGUGGACAAUUGAUCCACGGAGCAGGGAGAGAAAGCGGGGGAAGGCAAGUGAAUACCAACCCAGUCCAGCUGCUGCUCCUGCUGCUGCUGCUGCUGCUGCUGGAGAAAGAGGAGGAGGAGGACAAGGAGGAGGAGAAAGGGGAGGAGGAUGCUCUGUGCUUGGGGAGACAGGAGUAGCAGCGUUAUCCUGCACAGGCAGCCAGAACGGCCACAAGUGAUCAGAGCAUCUUCAGCCUUGUAGAUGUACCAGCAGCACAGUGCCGCUUCCCGUCCUGGGUGCCAGACCCAGUGACUGAAACCUGGACAGGAGACAGAGGAAGAGGAAGAGAGGAGGGUCAUGGGGGUUUGCCUGGGUCACUAUGUAUGUUGGCUCCUGCCUUUCCUCUUCUUGCUGCUCAUGAUCACGGUGUCAUCCGCCCAAAGCCAGGGAUGUCCCCAGCGGUGUGAUUGCAUUCCCAAACUGAAGACGGUGUCCUGUUUCGGGAAACGUCUGUCCUCACUGCCGGAGGGAAUCCCAUCUGACACCAAAGUCUUGGACCUAAGUGGGAAUAAGCUUCGCUGGGUAGAACAAGAUGAUCUGCUUCCAUAUCCACGCCUGGAAAAACUGGAACUCAGUGACAACAUGAUCAGUGUCCUCGAGCCAAACGCGUUUUCAAGCCUUCAGAACCUGCAGUCACUUUCACUGAGGGGCAACCAGUUGAAACUGGUUCCCAUGGGGGCUUUCUCACGUCUCUCCAACCUCACUUCAUUAGAUCUGAGUGGCAAUAAGAUUGUAAUUCUUUUGGACUUCACCUUCCAAGACCUGAAAAGUCUCAAGAACCUGGAAGUUGGUGACAAUGAUCUGGUUUACAUAUCUAACAAAGCUUUUCUGGGUUUAGUGGGACUCAGGGAGCUGUCAAUUGAGAGAUGCAACCUGACGUCAGUGUCCAGCCAAUCGUUAUCUUAUCUGCACAACCUAGUGACCCUUCGGCUCCGGUAUCUUAGCAUCUCCUCCUUAGAUGACCAGAACUUUCGCAAACUUGUAAACCUUAGGGGUCUGGAGAUUGAUCACUGGCCCUUUCUGGAAUACAUCUCCCCUCAUAGCUUGCAGGGUCUCAAUUUGUCCUGGCUCUCCAUCACUCACACCAACAUCACUUCUGUGCCCACCUCUGCCCUCCGCAGUCUGACUCACCUCACUAGCCUCAACCUUUCCUACAAUCCAAUCACUGUGUUAGAGUCCUGGGGUCUGCGGGAUCUCAUCCGGCUGAAGGAGCUGCAUCUAAUCAACACUAACCUGGCAGCAGUACAACCUUACGCACUUGGUGGUCUUAGGCAAAUACGGCUACUUAACCUUUCAAGCAACAGCUUGGUGACCCUGGAGGAGGGAGCCUUUCAGUCAGUCAACACUCUGGAGACGCUGCGCUUGGAUAGAAACCCUCUUGCCUGCGAUUGCCGCCUGCUUUGGAUCCUUCAGCGAAGGAAGACCCUCAAUUUUGACGGUGCCUCCCCUGUGUGUAUGACCCCUGUUGAAGUCCAAGGACGGGCUCUCAGCGCUUUCGCUGACUCGGCUCUCUUUGACCACUUUACCUGCCAGAAACCUAAAAUCCGCAACAGGAAACUGCAGCAGAUAUCUGCCCGCGAAGGGCAAGUAGUGUCAUUCAUCUGCAAGGCAGAAGGUGAGCCGGCACCGGUGAUAUUCUGGAUUUCUCCUCAGCGUCGUCGCAUAACCACAAAGAGCAGCGGGCGCCUGACUGUGUUACCGGAGGGCACUCUAGAAAUACGCUACGCCCAGGUAACAGACAGUGGAACCUACAUCUGCAUAGCCAGCAAUGCUGGUGGAAAUGACACCUACUUUGCUACGCUCACAGUAAGUGGGCUGCCGCUGGACGCGGCUCUCAUGGCCAACCGCACCUAUUACGCCGGGGACCUUAAUGACACAAAUCUGAACGACACCAGGGUGUUCUUAAAGUUCACCUUAGACCUGAAGACGAUUCUCAUAUCUACGGCUAUGGGCUGCAUCAUGUUUUUGGGAGUGGUCUUGUUCUGCUUUAUCCUGCUGUUUGUGUGGAGUCGGGGGAGAGGGCAGCACAAGAACAACUUCUCGGUCGAGUAUUCUUUCAGAAAAGUGGACGGACCCGCAGCCAGCGGAGGACAGGGGGGAGCGCGCAAGUUCAACAUGAAAAUGAUUUGACUCUGUGGAUCUCCUGGUGUUUUUUUGUUUUUUUUUCACAGUUUCAGUUA